AUGGCGGCCCUUGAAAGUGAUCGCUCCGCGGUGUCGCCGCCGGUUACGUCGAUCAUUUCGUCGAACUUUCGGACGAUUAGCCGGGGGUGGCAUGUGCAGUUUGAGGAAGUACAAUCAAAAAUUGAAAUUUUACGUCAAUCUGACGAAGAAGCAGAUGUUCGUGAAGCAUUUGAAGAUAGGUAUUAUGAAUUAUUAGUUAGAGCACGAAAAAUUAUUGAACUAAAAACAAAACCCGGUGCACGAACUCCGGAGACCGAAGCUCCUAAUCAAACCCAAAAUUCUAGUAAUAUCGCCGUACAGUUACCGAUAAUUAAUCUGCCUAAAUUCAGCGGCGAAUAUACAGAGUGGACGACAUUUUACGACAGUUUCAUUUCUCUUAUUCACGAAAAUAGUAGUCUUUCUAAUAUUCAAAAAUUCCACUAUCUAAAGGGUUGCCUGUUAGGAGAUGCAAAACGUACCAUAGAUUUAUUACCAAUUUCGGCCGAAAGUUACGAAUCCGCAUGGAACCUUUUAACUGACCGUUACAAAAAUAAAAGACUUAUUGUACAAAACCAUAUUCACGCGAUUUUUAAUCUACAACCAAUGAACAAGUCACCCAGUUCCUUAAGGGAAUUAUUAGACGGUAUAAGUAUGCACUUAGCGGCUUUAACAACACAAAAUGUGGACGUAACGUCAUGGGAUGCCUUAUUAAUAUAUCUAACAACUACAAAAUUUGAUUUUUUAACUAAACGCGAAUGGGAGUCACGUUUAAAGGCCCACGAAUUACCGACGUGGAAACAAAUGGUCGAAUUUUUAAAACAACGAUGUUUAACACUAGAAUCAAUGGAAUUCAAUUUAAGUAACCAUAACGUGAACUCUGCACCUAUAAAGAAAACACAGAAUGCAGAAGUUCCUGUAAGGAAAAACUAUCAAUUUGUUAAUAAUCAAAAUACAAUCGCGUGCGUUAUGUGUAAAGGCCAUCACAAUUUAUUUCACUGUCCCAAAUUCCUCGAACUCAGCGUAAACGAGCGUAUUGAGUACGUUAAAAGAUGGAAAAUAUGCUUCAAUUGUUUAAAAGGUGGUCAUGAUUCAAGAACCUGCCGCUCUAUGACGUGCAAGAUAUGUUCAAACCGACACAAUUCCUUACUACAUCAAUCAAGAGGUCCAAAUUAUAAUAAUCAGAGUCAGACUGCAAACCUUAGCAUAAACAAUUAUCAAUUAAAUUCUAAUGUUCAAGUAAUUUUGUCAACAGCAUUGGUUCAGUGUUCAGAUUCAAAUGGAAAGGUUUACACCUGUAGAGCGUUGCUUGAUCAAGGAUCGCAACAACAUUUAAUUACGGAAGAAAUGUGUAAAAGAUUACACUUAACUACAAAAUCUGUGCAUGCAGGCAUAAGUUCGGUCUGUGGUAGUUACAAUGAAAUUAAACAUGCUACUACGCUUCACUUUAAAUCAUUGCACGAUAAUUAUACCGGAAAAAUUGCAUGUUUGGUAGUCCCCAAUAUAAAUCGAAAUUAUCCCAUAGAUACGUUCGACAAAUCCGAGAUUCCGGUACCUCAAAAUUUAAAUUUAGCAGAUCCUAAUUACAACAUUUCAAGUCCUAUAGACAUUUUAAUUGGUGCAGCUUUGUUUUGGGAACUACUUCGAGACGGACGCAUGAAACUGUCGAACGAACAGACUUUUCUUCAUAACACAUGUUUGGGGUGGAUAUUGGGUGGACCAUUUACAGCGGCAGCAAUCCAGAUUAAUAGUAUAUUUUGCGGUAAUUUAAAUACCUGUACAUUAGAACAUUUAGACAAACAAGUAACAAAAUUUUGGGAGGUCGAAAAUUAUGACAACCGUAUCGAAAACUUAAGUUCUGAAGAUCAGUUGUGCGAAAAUUUAUUCGUAAAACAACACAGCAGAGAUCCCAAUGGGAAAUUUAUUGUGCGCUUACCAUUUAGGGCAAAUCCUCCCAAUUUAGGUUCUACAAAGGAAAUAGCCUACAAGCGAUUUAGGUCUCUCGAAAAGAAAUUUGAAAACAAUUAUGAAUUUAGGAAUCAAUAUUGCACUUUCAUGGCCGAUUACAUUACACUUAAUCAUAUGCAACUGGCAACAGAUCAAAAUAUUCACGAAGGUUGUUUCCUGCCGCAUCACGGUGUGAUUAAGGAUUCGAGCCUAACGACAAAAGUACGAGCCGUUUUUGAUGCCAGCACAAAGUCGUCAUCCGGAUUUAGUCUCAAUGAUUAUCUACUACCGGGACAAAAUCUUCAAACCGAUAUAUUUUCAUUAUUGGUGAGGUCCCGACAAUACCAGUUUGUGCUAUCUGCUGAUAUUGUAAAAAUGUUUCGGCAAAUUUGGGUGGCACCAGACGACUGGAAAUAUCAAAAAGUUUUAUGGCGUUCAAAUCUAGACGAACCCAUACGGAUAUAUUGCUUGAAAACAGUGUCAUAUGGCAUGGCUUGUGCGCCUUAUUUAGCCAUGCGAUGUUUGCGACAAUUAGCAGUAGAAACCGCGGACUCUUAUCCACACGCUAGCAGGGUCAUUUUGGAAGACUUUUACAUGGAUGAUCUUCUAACGGGUACAAAUGACGAAACCGAAGCAAUCACACUUCGCGAUAAUUUAAUAAAUAUUUUAGGUAGUGGCGGUUUCGAAAUCACAAAGUGGGCUUCCAAUAAUGACGCUCUUCUGCCACAGUGUCACAGUGACAACACUGCACUCGUGCGUUUAGAUGAAAAUAUGCAAACAAAAACGUUAGGCCUAAGUUGGGAUUGUGCGAAUGAUAAUUUAAAAUAUGACUUCAAACUACAACAUCCAAUUAAAAUUACUAAACGAUCCGUUUUAAGCACAAUAGCCACGGUGUAUGACCCCAUAGGCAUCUUAGGUCCUGUCCUAGUGUCAGCAAAAUUAAUAUUACAAAAAUUAUGGCAAUUACAAUCCGACUGGGAUGACGAAUUGCCACCUGAACUAAAUAAACAAUUUGAGCACUUUCUCGCUGAACUACAGCAUGUAAAUGAAAUCCAAAUUCCUCGGAAGGUAGUUGCAGAUUAUCCGUAUCAAAAAAUACAAAUUCACGGGUUUAGCGACGCGAGUACAAAGGCCUACGGGGCGGCAGUUUAUAUAAGAACGACUGAUAUAUCAAAUUCGCAUACUGUAAAACUUCUUUGUUCGAAGACACGAGUUGCUCCAAUUAAACAAAUUACCCUGCCUAGGUUAGAAUUAUGCGCCGCUACUUUACUUGCCAAAUUAAUGUCUAAAGUCAAAAAUGCGAUGAAAAUUAAUUUUGACGACUGUUACUUAUGGAGCGAUUCAACAAUUGCAUUAUCUUGGAUAGCGGCAUCACCAAAUCGUUGGCAAACAUUUGUUGCUAACCGUGUGUCAGAAAUUCAAACUCUUACUAAUAAUUGUAAAUGGCGUCAUGUAAUCAGCAACGAAAAUCCCGCAGAUAUAAUUUCAAGAGGAAUGGCCCCAAGCGAGCUAAAAUCAUGUGACUUAUGGUGGCACGGUCCGUCUUUUUUAACUAAAGAUUUAAACGAAUGGCCAGUACCAAAAAGCGUUUUAAAUAAUAAUUUACCUGAAGAGCGCAAAAUUUCACUAGUUUCACAUUGUACUUCAGACGAAUCUUCGCUUUCUUCAUUGUUUACGAGAAAAAAACAGUGUAAUUAUUCAGGUGAAUUAUCGGUGGAAGAAUUAGACGCAGCGCAUAUUAAUACCAUAAAGUUAGUUCAAAAAGAUCAAUUUUCAUCCGAAAUAAAAGAGCUGCAAAGCAACGGGUUCAUAAACAACAAUAGCCAUUUGAAAUCGCUAAAUAUAUUUAUGGAUGACAACGGCAUUUUGAGAGUGGGAGGGCGCUUGCAAAACGCAAAAAUAAAUUACGAUAUGAAACAUCAAAUCCUCCUUCCAAAAAAUCAUUAUGUGACAAAAAUUAUCAUACGUGACGCGCACACGGACACACUACACGCAGGAACGCAGGCAACUCUGGCGGCACGGGAACCUCAAAUUGAAUCAAUUCUGAAUUCUCGCCCCUUAACACCUUUGAGCAAUGACCCCAAUGACUUGGAACCACUAACGCCGGGUCACUUCCUCAUCGGAUCUGCAUUAACCGAUCUACCUGAACCAUGCCUACUUGCGAUAAAAGAAAACCGAUUGACGAGAUGGCAGCGAGUCGAGCAGCUGCGUCAAACGUUGUGGAGAAGGUGGACUGCAGAAUAUCUGACCCAACUACAGCCACGGAACCGUUGGAGUCAACGAAACGCGAAUUCCAUAAGCAAAGGAUCCAUGGUGGUUUUACGUGACGAGAACACCCCGCCGCUGAUGUGGAGACUAGGCCGUGUCGUAGAGCUGCACCCAGGAAAAGACAACGUAGUGAGAGUAGUGUCGCUGAAGACGAGCAGCGGUGUAGUGAAACGUGCGGUUAAUCGGAUUUGUGUGCUCCCAGUGGACGAAGUUGUUGAUUAA